AUUUUUUAAUUAUGAAAACUGCCUUGCCCCCAAAUCACCGCGCCCUCGUACUUGAAGAGCUUGGAUCCGACUUCCAAGUCAAACUACUAUCAACCCCACAGCCGGAUACCGGCAGUGCGAUUGUCCGCAUCGCCACGGCCGGGGUACUACCCUACCACCGCGAUGUCUACGAGGGCAAGCGUCCCAACUCAUUCUCGACACCGCUGGUAGGUGGUUUUGGCGCUAUUGGCCAUAUCGCCGCAGUCGGACAUGAUGCAACGGCAUUAAAACCCGGACAGCUUGUCUAUGUUGAUUGCGUUAUCUGGGCCCGCGAUGACCCAGAUUCUUUUUUCCUGUCAGCUAUCUACGAGGGGUCCAGUACUGGCAGCAAAAAGCUAAUGCACGAAGUUUGGCGGAAUGGAACUUUUGCAGAGUAUGUCAAGGUGCCGCUUGAGAACUGCAUUAUGCUUGAUCAGACGGCUUUGUGUCAUAAUUUGGGAUACUCGGUCCAUGACUUGAUUUACAUGGCGUAUAUUCUUGUGCCGUUUGGUGGCUUGAGGGAUAUCAAGCUUGAGGCUGGUGAAAGGAUCGUUAUUUGCCCGGCGACAGGGUUCUAUGGCAGCUUGGGUGUGCAACUGGCGGCCGCAAUGGGGGCGUCAGUGAUUGCGAUGGGACGAAGCGAAGAGAAGCUGGCAAAGCUAGUGAAGGAUGUUCGAAAAGGAUCACCUGCUGCGAGUAUCAAAACAGUUAAGAUAACUGGCGAUGAAGAUAAGGAUGCAGAUGCACUACGAGCUUUUGGUGCUGCUGAUGCCGUUUUGGACAUUACGCCUACGACUGCAUCAUCGUCAACACAUACCAAGAGUGCUAUUAAAGCCUUGCGUCGUGGAGGUAGGGUCAGCUUGAUGGGAUCUACAAGUAAUAUUGGAGUCCCAGAGAUCAUGAUCAACAAUAUCACACUGAAAGGGAAGAUGAUGUAUGAACGAGACACUAUAGUGCACUUUGUGAAGAUGCUGGAGCGAGGUCUAUUCCCUCUAGGCAGGGACUUGAUGGAGACUAAGAUCUUCUCGUUGGAUAGUUGGAAGGCAGCGUUCGAUGCAGCUGCAGAGCAUAACGGCAUUGGCAAGUGUGUAACAUUAGAGCCGUGAUCCCUGUACUGCCAAAUUUUUUAGAUCUACUGAUGACCGCUCUCACCGUAACGCAU